AAUUAGAGAAGGAAGAACAUAAAUCGUGCGUCAUGGCUCUCAAGGAUGCGGUCCAAAAGUGGAUUAGAAAUAAAGGAAAAGAAUAUAAAAAGAUCAAGUUUUUCAAGUCCACAAUUUGGGUCCUGCAACACUUUGAACUAGCUGGACAAUCAAUUUAUGAAUUUCUUGGGGUACGACAAAAGAAGCAGAAGCACACAUGGUCUUGUCAAAUAACGGAUGAAAUUCUUCAUGCCCAUUCGGUUAUGUCACCAGGGACACCCUCAUUUCUGAAGAUGUCAACUAACAAAGAUGGUGAAAGAAUUGAGACGCCUCUUAUGAUCGCUGCGAAGAACGGUGUGGUUGAUAUAGUGAAAAAAGCUCUGAAAAAAAUCCCAUCAUCCAUUAAUAUUGACGACGUGAAUGAUGAGGGGAAAAAUAUAGUCUUAUUAGCAGCAGAGAAGAAGCAAACGAAGGUAUACGAGUUUUUAUGCAAACCGGAAAUCCUUGCCCUCACCGGAAGUCUGUUUCAGCAAGUGGAUAAUGAUGGAAACAGUGCAUUGCACUUGGCAGCAAGGUAUGGAGGCGGCCGUAAUUUGAACCAUCAUGGGGAAGCAUUUCUCAUGCAAUGGGAGUUUAAGUGGUUUGAGUAUGUGAGACGUUCAAUGCGGCGUGGUGUGUUUUCGAGAUACAACAAGAAGUUGGAAAGCCCAGAUGACAUCUUCAAAGAGACUCACAAGGACCUAAUAACCCAAAGGGAUGAAGAGUGGUUGAGUAAAACCUCAGGAGCAUGUUCGGUGGUGUCGACGCUGAUUGCGACGGUGGCGUUUGCCACAGCCGCCAGUGUGCCUGGCGGUUUUGAUCAAAACCACGGCUUCCCACUCCUCAUACACAAGCAAAUAUACCAAUUCUUUGUGGCCAUGUCACUGGCGGCCCUUUGCUUCUCUCUCAUAGCCACCAUCCUCUUACUCUCCCUCGCUACUGCUCGUUUUAAUGUUGUUCAGUUCUACAUAGACCUGCCUUUCAGGCUCUUCCUUGGUAUGUCCACCAUGUUCAUUUCCAUUCUUUGUAUGUGGAUAUCUUUCUGCGCCAGUCAUUCCUUCUUGCUUGUUGACAAGGCACGAAAAGUUUAUAUUCCUAUUUAUAUUAUCAUAUCAAUCCCAGCCACCAUUUAUGCUAUCACAAAUUUUCCAGUAUUCUGGAAUCUUCUGACUACUAGCUUUUCCAAGCUUCCGGCCCCUAGCCACAACUCCUUCCCUGCAAGAACCAAGCCCCCUGAGAAAGACCAAAAAUCUGCAUGUGCAGAUGUUUCGAGCAAAACUGUGAAAAUUUGUGAAGAUUAUGAAAAAUGACCAAACAUUAAAUACUUCUAUGUAUUUUGAAAGCUUGUUUGUGGUUUGUGACAUUUAAUAUUUAUUGUUCGUCCUUUGCUUGCAAUAAAUAAAGUACUGUUUGAAAAUCAUGCUGUAAUUUAAUUUGGUUUUGUUUUUGCUGGAGAAUUAAUUUGAGGGCCUUAGAUGUUACGUUUAUGAACCCAGGAUGGGUGUGGUUUGGGAGACGGUGUUAUGUUCAAUUAUUUAUAUGUUAAUUCAUGUACUAUUGAGCUCUUUCAGUGUUUUUAUUGAUUGGAGUUACAUUACUGAUGCAUAAAUAUUUAUUAAGAAUGAUUGUAUGAAUUAAUGAGAAAAAGGAAAAAAUGCCAUUAUCUUCUUGAUUAAUUAGACAUAUGGUAUAACAGGGUACUUAAAUGGCAUUACAAGUGUAACCAAUAUAUAUAUAUAUAUUUGGCAUAGCAAGGCGUUUUAGUCAUUUUAGGCAAAUUCUAAAAAGGACUAUGAGGGACCAGUGAAGUUUGAAAGCACGAAGAAGGACCACAGAAAAGUGGGGGCAAAAAAAAAAAAAGAACUGCUGAAACGCAGCGUUCAGAUUAGGGCA